ACAGUGAAACCCUGUUUGGAAAAAGAAAAAGAAGACCACUUUGGAAGUUAGCCAGUCUUCCUUCUGGCUGGGGGUUUUUUAGUCUGCAACUUUCAACCCUCAAUGAGAGUUGAAUUCGUAUUUAUUUGCUUCUUUUUUUUUUUUUUCUGUCCCCCACCCCUGUGUUUUGAGAUGUGUUCAUGUAAUUCAGACUUGCCUUGAACUUGCUUUGUGGCCAAGGUUGGCUUAGAUCUGAUCUUGCUUCCACCCCACAAGCGCUGGGACUGCAGGUGUGCGCCACACGCCCAAGUUAAAAGCAAUGGUCUCAAAAAAAAAAAAUAAAGCAAUGGUCUUUUGAAAUUAGCAGUUCUCAAUCCUAACUCAUAUUAAAUUAAAAAAACAAAGGGAUUCUUUACCUGAUUGAAAAGAAAAUAAUGACUAGAAUGAAUAGGACUGGGGGGUGUGGAGGGAUGAGACAGAGUCUCAUGGAGCCCUAGCUAACGUAGGGCUUCUGUAUAGAGCAGGCUAGCCUUGAACUCAGAGAUUCUCCUGCCUCUGCUCCCGAAUUCUGGGAUUAAAGACAUAUACCACCACACCUGGCCUGACGUCAUUAAAUAAAUGUUCCUCAGUGCUAUUCUAGGCAGGGGCAGAGGCAGAAGGAGAGAAGGAGAAAAAUGGAUUUUGCUGUAGCUCAGUGCUGUAAUUUGGUUUCCUCGGGAUAUGAACUAUGGGGUUUUGAUUCUGUUUCCUUGGAAACUCGUCCAUUUAAACUGUCCAAAAAUGGCACAGUGGUGUCACUUGCAGGUAAUUCCCCUUCCAUCUUCCUCUGCUGUGUGACUCCUGGGAAAGAUCUACCAUGGUUCAAUGUGACGAGGUGGUGAGGACAUAGCUCUUUGCAUUCAUUUUGACGAAGUUUGUGCUACUGCUGGGCAGGGUGCCACAGGCCUGUGAAUUUCAGCACAGCUAAGGCAGGCUGAUCUCUGAAUUUGAGCCAGCCUGGGCUGCCACAUAGUUCCAGGCCAGUCAGGGUCAUGUACCAAAAUUCUGUCUCAAAACAAACUGCUAGGGCAAGUAUGCAGGCUCUCAUUUAAUAUUCACAGGAACACUGCAAAUUGGGAGUCUUAGGAGGUACAGUAAUGACGCCUCAAAAAAGUCUGUUUCUGAUCACCAGAACCUGUGACUGUCACGGUAUACAUAACAUGGGAUUAAGGAUCCUGGUGAUGGGGAGGUUGUCCUGUGCAGUCUGAUGGGCCAUCUGUCACUUAGUUCUUCAAAGUGUACACAGACUCCCUAGAAGCCCCCAGUGAGGCCAGGUCCACAAUUUAACAGCUAUGAUAAUGUAUGGCUUCAAGCCAUUGUUCGGUUUAAAGCAAUGGUGAAAAACAAAAGCUUGUUAUUCUAUUUUAUAAUGAAGAAACCUGUUGAGAGGGACCACACACUUUUCAGUUAGAGCUGGGAAAAAUCCAGGUUGAUACACCCGGAUCCAGUGUCUAGCCAAUUCCUCCCUUCCUUGGGAAUAAGCACGGUAAAACCUGAUGCUAUCAAGCGUCCUGUGGGUCCCGCGGCCCCUUUAAGAGUACCGGAGGCGGGGCUUGUGGCAGUUGCUUGGAGACCGCCUAGCUCCCAGGACGCUAGGUCCUUGCUACCACUUUUGGAUCUGCAGGCCUGGCCAGAGCAAGUGGGUGAGCACCCUGAGGUAGUCCUAGGCGCGCAGCAACAACUGAAAGUAAAACCUGAAACGAAAUUGCAGCCUACCAAAGGAAUCAUUGGCUAAUUGUGCAUCUAAAGAAAAGUACAUCUUCCAAAGGCCAUGGUGAAGGAAAAGAAAAAAGCAGACAAAAAAGGAGAUAAGUCAGUCCGCUCCCCCUCCUCUAUCUCUGAGUACCCAGAAGCUUCUAAACAUGAUGGGAAUGCCGGUAAGCAGGACGCAUCCAGUACCAUCAUCCCACCGGUGGAAACGACACCUAAGCAACCAGCACCCAAAAAAGAACCCACAAAUGUGUAUCAGUCUGAAGAUGAGACUCAGUAUGAAGAGCCCAUCCUGACAAAACUCAUAGUAGAAAGCUAUGAAGGGGAGAAAGUCCGUGGACUGUAUGAGGGAGAAGGCUUUGCUGUCUUUCAAGGUGGAAACACCUACCAUGGCAUGUUUUCAGAAGGACUGAUGCAUGGACAAGGGACUUAUAUUUGGGCUGACGGGUUGAAAUAUGAGGGAGACUUUGUGAAGAAUAUCCCCAUGAACCAUGGCGUGUACACGUGGCCAGAUGGCAGCACGUAUGAAGGAGAAGUGAUCAACGGCAUGAGGAACGGAUUUGGUAUGUUUAAGUGUGGCACACAUCCCGUGUCCUACAUCGGCCACUGGUGUCACGGCAAGAGACAUGGAAAGGGCUCCAUCUAUUACAAUCAAGAGGGAACCUCUUGGUAUGAGGGAGACUGGGUAUACAACAUCAAAAAGGGCUGGGGAAUAAGAUGCUACAAGUCAGGCAACAUGUAUGAAGGCCAGUGGGAAAACAACAUGCGCCACGGGGAAGGCAGAAUGAGAUGGCUGACAAUAAAUGAGGAGUAUACUGGCCACUGGGAGAAGGGGAUCCAGAAUGGCUUUGGAACACAUACCUGGUUUCUAAAGAGAAUCCCCAACUCUCAGUAUCCUUUGAGGAAUGAAUACAUAGGAGCAUUUGUAAAUGGCUUUCGUCAUGGACAUGGGAAGUUUUACUAUGCCAGUGGAGCAAUGUAUGAGGGAGAGUGGGUUUCCAACAAAAAGCAUGGCAUGGGCAGAAUAACCUUCAAGAAUGGACGUGUGUAUGAAGGCAUGUUUUCCAAUGACCACAUUGCAGAGUACUUUGAAGCUGACUUCAUACACAGCCUGGACAGUUGGUCAGAUAUCUCCCAAAGGAGCCAGCCGGUGCCGGAAUCUUCUAUCAGUGCUGGUAGAGAGCCUGAGACCCUACGAAAGCUGGAUGGCAGUGAAAGCCAUUCUGUGUUAGGAUCGAGCAUCGAGCUGGACUUAAAUCUGUUGCUGGACAUGUACCCUGAGGAAAGACAAGAAGAAGAGAAGAAGCAGGUGGAGUUUGCAAUCCUAAGGAACAUUACCGAGUUAAGAAAGAUCUACUGCUUCUACAGCGCCCUUGGGUGUGACCACUCUCUGGAUAACACCUUUCUGAUGACAAAGCUUCACUUCUGGAGAUUUCUGAAAGACUGUAGGUUUCAUCACCACAAUAUAACUCUUGCGGAUAUGGACAGGGUUUUGAGUAUCUAUAACGGCAUACCAAUUGAAGAAAUCCACUCUCCGUUUAGAACCAUACUCUUAAGAACAUUCCUGAAUUACCUCCUGCAGCUGGCUUACCACAUCCAUCACAAAGAAUACCAGAACAGAAGCCCAUCACUCUUUCUGUGUUUCACAAAACUGAUGACUGAGAACAUUCAUCCAUAUGCCUGUCAGGUAAAAGGUCAUUUAUUCAGUGAGCAACAGCGGACGCUCUACUCAAUGAAUUAUAUCGAUAAGUGCUGGGAGAUUUACACAACCUACUGCAGACAAAAUGCAGCCCCACCCUAUGAGCUGACAAUGAAGAUGAGGCAUUUCCUCUGGAUGCUGAAAGACUUUAAGAUGAUAAAUAAGGACUUAACUGCAACCAAAUUUAUGACUGUGAUAGCGGAGGAUAGCCCUUUCAUGUAUGAUGGAACUGACAGCAACUUUGAACUUGAGCUGGUUUUCCUGGAAUUCUUUGAAGCUCUCUUAUGUUUCUCCUUCUGCUGCAUUUUUGACCAGAUGACCAGAUCCUAUGUAAAAUUCCCAUCUGGAGACCCUACCACAAACCGCUACAGCAGCACUCACACGAUAUUAAACCAGAGCAUCCACAGGAGCCUAAGUGCAGUCACAAGCCUUGACUCUGAGGUCCACUUCGGCAGCACCAAGUCAUCAUCAGGAGUUUUGCCUGAUGGUAAAAUCAGGCAGUCGGAGCACAAGCUCAAGUCCCUGAGUGAGGAAAAACUCUCCAAAGUGACCCUCAAGUCUCAAGGAAGAGGCCUGCUGUUUAUGUCUCCACAAGACAAAUAUGAAAAACCCAGAGAUGAGCAGAAAGAGAAAAUCAACGUGUGGGUGAACAACCUCUAUGUCUUCUUUGUGACCGUGCUCUUCAGAGCCUACAAACGUGAGGAGAUGCUCAAGGAAAAAGUGAAGGAGAACCGGCUCCAGGAAGUAGUGUUGGCUCAGCAGAGGAAGAUAGAGAAUGACGAGCUAGAAGCCAGGCUGAACGUCCUACGUGAAGAAGAGGCAAAGAGACAAGACUUCGACGUAGAAAUCACUGUGCUCAAGGAGGCGCUGGAGCCUCCAGUCUCACUGCCACUCACACCUACCUCUGCUAAAGAUGAAAUAGCAUCCACCCAGAGCAGCAAGGCCAGCCCUGGCAGGAAGAAGAAGAAGUGAAGGUAAUGGGGGUCAUGGCUGAGCUUCGAGGACGAGCAGACGUGAAAGCUGUGGCUAAUGUCCCAUACAAUAAACUGUUUCAAUUUG